AUGACUGGAAAAAGAGCCCAACCCAGCCCAGCAGGCAGCCCCUCAUCCGGCAAUAUCUCCGAUAGCUCGUCGAAAGACCAAGACCGGCUUCUCCCUAUUGCCAAUGUGGGCCGAAUAAUGAAAAAAUCUCUCCCAGCAAAUGCCAAGAUAUCUAAAGAAGCAAAAGAAACGGUCCAAGAAUGUGUGUCUGAGUUCAUUAGCUUCAUUACAGGUGAAGCCUCAGAUAAAUGCCAAAGAGAGAAACGAAAAACGAUUAAUGGGGAAGAUCUGUUAUGGGCCAUGACAACUUUAGGAUUUCAAAAAUACGUUGGUAGUUUGAAAAGUUAUCUUAACAAAUAUGCCAAGACACAUGACUCAACUAAUGAUACUGAUAGCACUGAGAUCGGUUGUGAGGUGUCUGACAUGACACCAGCACAACCGAUCUCCCAAGACUACAACGAUAUGUAUAAUGGUCGUGUCAUGGGAUAUGGUGACGAGCUGAUCAACACGGUUAACUUGCACGGUAUGAAGAAAGUUGUAACAACCCAAGCUCAAGGGUUUGAGUGGUAG